CACGUGCAUCUUUUCUAUGUCUCAUUAGCCGGGCAAGAUGGCCUCCAACAACAUCGGUAACGAUAGCGGUUCAAAUUCAGGGCGAGUAGAUGUCGAUAAUCCACCUUUUUCAAGAGUGUUUGUGGUAUGUAGUAAGAGGCACACAUCCGAAGACAUGAGAACAGCUUUUGAGCACUAUGGAACCAUCGAAGACAUUUGGAUGGUCAAAGACAAGACGACCAAAGAAAAUCGUGGUGUUUGUUAUAUCAAGUUCGAGAAAGCUUCCUCAGCAGCCCUAGCCUCUGAGCAGCUGGAUGGAAAACAAAUUGGAGACGAUCCCAAACCCAUUAAGGCAAUGAUUGCCCAGUCAAAACAUUCAGGUUCUAAAAUGGACUUCCACGAUCCCACAACAAUGACACGUCUGUUUGUAAUCUGCCCCAAGGACUACACAGAUGACGACUUACGUUCCAAAUUUGAGAAUUUUGGAGAUUUAGAAUACGUCCAAAUAGUCCGUGACCACAAGACAAGAGAAAACAAAGGCUAUGGUUAUGUUAAGUUCAACAAGGCUUCCACCGCAUCGUUAGCUCUUGAGAACUGCGACAAGGGACUUAAAGCAGUGUGGGCUGAACCAAAGUCGUCUAAAGUCUCCAGAUAUGCAGCUGUUGCAGCUUCUUCUGUCGCUACAGCGUUUACUCCUCCGAACCCAUUCCUUGAGCAAGGGAUCUUCUCUGCCACCAUUCCACAAGCACAGCCAGCUCUUCAUCAACCUAUGGAGUUCUUUGCCAACCAGACAGGAGCUAAUGCAGCAGCAUCUGUAGCAGAAUCCAUAACAUCUUCACAUACACCAACCAGGCUGUUUGUCAUUGUAUCGGUGUCCCUAACUCAAGAGCAAGUAGCUCGUUUAUUUGAUAUUAUCCCUGGGAUGCAAGUAUGUGACCUGAAGCGCAAUUACAAUACUGGAGAGUCCAAAGGUUUUGCAUAUGUUACCUAUAACUCCGUGGGCUCUGCUAUCUAUGCCAAGGAAAAGUUAAAUGGCUUUGAAUAUCCACCAGGGUCCAAACUUGUCAUUAAAUACGCCGAGGACCCCCCAUCAGGCCGUACUAACUCAGAAUCUGGCUCGUCAUAUAAUAUGUUUGGCUCCAAGUCCUCGAUUCUUGGUCCCACUUCCGCAUCCCCUUCACUUAGUCUUGAUAAUAGUCAACUGUACACCACUGCAGCUCUCCCUGCACCCGUUCCUCUAGCAGACGAGAAUGCGGAAGUAGCGUCGCGGUUGUUUAUAGUCUGCAACCCCGCACCACCACCUGAACAGGUAUUAAAAGACGUCUUCAGUCGAUUUGGUAACCUCAUUGACGUGUAUAUGAUGAAAGACCGGAACUUUGGUUACGCAAAGUUCGCGUCCAAAGAUUCUGCUGAUGUAGCCAUUGAAGGACUUCAUGGCCAUCAAGUCUUAGGAAUGAAGCUCAAGGUCAUGCAUGCCGAUCCACCGAAAAAUGAGUCUUCUAGAAAGCGACCUCGAACAUAAGGCAUACCCAAGCAAGCAACCAAUGGCCUGUUUGUGUGUUAACUUUCAUCAACAAGAAAAGUCUGUGUCUUGCAGGUAAUGUACCAAUAUAUAGACUGUGUGAGUUGGAAGUGAUAAUAUAAAAGUGGACAGAAUACAACAUACUUGGAAAUCCCAAACAACAGAACUGUGUUUAACCUUYAGUAGACAAUAAACACAUGGUCACACUCUCUUGACUUGCCACUCCACACAGACCGCGACGUCUACUCACGACGACAAGAGGUUAUGGGAAGUGAACAGACGAUACAUGACAGUGAUCUGGGAUGGACUACAUGACAUGGUGGACUGGAGUGACGUACGGCCUUGAAGGGAGGACAAUGGCAAUUAUGAUUACACUUACAGGAACAUGCAAACGAGUUAGCACUCUGAUUAUAAUUACGUUGUAAAGGGAUUGCCAAGAAUUUUAAAACGCUCUGCAAUUUUCAGAUGAACAUAUAUAUGAAUAUACGUUUAAGUUAUUCCAUCCUAUUCCCUAACAAGUACAAAUAAACUGUACAUAGUGGUCAAGCCUCGUUAUCAAAGCUACGAUUAUUUUAAAAUCCGUUAUUCCUUUAUUCCUUUCUUAUUUGAAUACUUAUAAGGUUGUUGCGUUGUUUACACUUAUAUAAAGGAUGUUGCGUUUGUAAUUAAUAUUGCAUUCCCUGAUACAAUAAUGCAUAAUAUAUAUUAAUAAUAUUUCGGUUGAGUGAAUGUUAACGUUAGUUAGUGUAUAAAAUGCGAGUUUUAAUGCAACAAACAUGAAAUAUUUCUCCAGAA